CUGAGGGAGGUCAUCCUGACUCAGUGAGGCGGGUUGUGUUGCCUCUUGACCCUGCAGCUCCCUCCAACCUCUCAGUCACCCCUGAAAUCGGAGACAGGGCCGGGGGUGAAGACGAAGACGCUCUGGACGGGGGGGCGGAGGACGUGGACGUCCCCGGAGCUUGGUCCGAGGGCAGAGUGUUCUCCGAGGACAGAACCGCAGUCUGGACGGAGACAGAAGCCGCGGUGCGUCCCGGAGCAGGUGGCAAAGUGUUUGAGGAGACGGGCCUUCUGAGAGGAGCCGGUGCCUGGGCUGAGGUCGGGGCUGAGUGGAGGCCAGUGGACAGGGAGGGGGGCGACCUGCCCAACAUGCCCAGGGAGGCGGCCGCCUGGCUGGGGGAGCAGGGGCUGCACGCGCGUGGGGGGGGCCGCAGAGAGCAGGCGGCCUUUUCAUCAGUCCUCACCAUGCUGGCGGAGACGGCCGAGCUCCAGGCUCCAGCUGUGGGAAAACCUUUAGGGCUGCUGUCUAAAGCUGCCUGGACCAGAGGCUCCUCUUCAUCGUCAUCCAAGACCUCCUCCUCCUCUUCCUCCUCCUCCUCUUCUGCAGCAAAGGCCCCCUCUUUGCCUUCCCCAUCCCCCCCACCCAGUAACAGAAGCAGUCCCACAGCCGGGUCGGACAACGUCACCCUGGUGGCCGUCAACAGCAACUCCUCCAACAGCAACAGCAGCUUCGGCUCAGACGAGCCGGUGAACCACCUACCGGCCUGGGACCAGCCCACCGUGCCCGAGUCCCUCCUGUCCACGGUGGGCGACCACGACGUCACCCUCCCCGCCAACGUCACCAGCCCUUUCUCCACCCGCCAGUGGAACACCACUGUGCCCGCACGCACCGGAAACACCUCCCGCCCCACCAGCGCACCCGGCACCACCAUGCAGACGCCUCUGUGGACCAGCUCCACCGUGUCAGCUUCACCGGUUUCCACCGCGGCGACCACACAGACGCUGCCAGACUCCACCGCGGCUCCGAACAUCACGAGCCGGGAGCUGGUGACCGGUGAAGUUCUUCAGCUGACCACGAUAACCACGACCACGCCCUCAACGACCACUCUGCCUGUGACCCCCGGUGAGGUGACGGUGCAGGCGGUGACCACCGGUGAGGUGACGGUGCAGGCGGUGACCACCGGGAGCGCUGUGACGUCACCGGCAAACAUCACCGCUGCUACGACCGAGCAGCAGAUGACGAGUCUCAAACCGACCACAGAGGCCACGUCUCCGCCUACCACCACCACCACCACCACCACCACCACACCGGCUCCCACUACCACCACCACAGUACCUCCAACCACCACCACCACCACUACUACUACUACUACCACCACCCCUCCUCCCACUACUACUACAACCACCACCACCACUACCACUACUACACCCGCCCCCACAACCACUACGACCACUGCUCCCACUACAACCACCACAACGAAGGCACCUGUCACCACUGUGUUCACGCUGGAGCUCACCACUCCACCUCCCACUACAACCACAGAACCUCCGCCCAGCACCAGUGCAGAGGACGGUCCUCUACCGUGCAACGUGACCGAGAAGUACUGGGUCAGAACAGUUUUGUCCAUCGAGCUGCGCAGGAACCGCCUGGAUCUGAUCCUGAAGCAGAAUCUGUCCAAAGGGCUGAGCCACGCUCUGCAGAGAGCGCUGAACGACUCCACGGCCUCGGCUCAGGUGGAACAUGACGACUGCAGCCCCCACAACGUGACCCUGGUCUACUACGUCACCAGCGGGAAGACCGUGCACGUGGCCUCUCGGGUGGUGGAGGCGCUGAACGUGUACGGCUUCGACAAACUGCUGUCGGACGUCAGGCAGCACAUCCCACUGGUGAGGGCCGUGCUGGUCCCAGUGGCAGCCUGGAGGCCCACGCCGAGCAUUCACCUGCAGCUGAGAACAGUGCUGAGGUUCGUCGGCCCCUCAGACAACAUCUACUCCUGCAGCUUCGUCCAGAUGUUGGAGCAGCGGCUGGAGAACGCCUUCGAUGAGGCUCAGGACAAAGUGCUGGAGACGUACAACCGGCUGGCUGUGGAGAUCCAGAGCGUGUCCCAGGAGCCGGGCUCACCGGCGGUCUCACUGGUUUACGUGGUGAAGAACCAGGACGCCGUCCUCAAUGGGACCAUCUCCAGCGGCCUCCUCAACCAGCUGACCGCCGAGCUGGUGGGCUACUUCCUGUUCUACCCCCCCCUCGUCAUCGCCGAGCCUCUUGAAUACCAUAAUCUCAACACGUCGAUGGCAACAAAGAACUAUUGGGUGAAAACAGUGAUCCAGGACGUGGACACCUCCUCCCUGGAGGCCAACUACCAGAGCUUCGCCAACCUGAUGGAGCAGCGGCUGGCCGAGCUGUUCCUGGUGGCCGGCCGGCAGGGCUCACAGGCGGCUCGGUCCCGACGGGCCACAUCCGUAGGGAGCUACACUGUACAGAUGGUGAGCAUCCGUCGCCUGCCCGGCCCCAAGAACCCUGCGGAGAUGGUGUUCUACGCCCAGCUGAACGGAGCAGCCCUCACUGGAACCACUGCCGCCAAGACCCUCAGCAGCCUGGACUCCCAGACCAUGGCUCUGACGCUGGGAUACUUUGUUCAAGUGCAGGCUGAAC